AUGCAGCCAGCCUACUCAAAUGUGCCAGUGACGUCGUCGAUCACAGCGAUUGCUGUGCUCUUCGUGGAGUGUCCAACAAAUGUCUUCCGUUAUGUUCUGGUAAGUUAUGCAGAUGGAGAUACAUUCUCUACCGACGUUGACUGUACUCCGUUUGCCGUAACCAUCAUGGAGUGUUUCGUGAAAGGACGCGAAGGAAGCCCAAAACCAGUGCAGAAUGUCGAGUAUGAAAUCGUUGGAAAUGGCAAACUAAAGUUGAGAUGGGAAGAUUCCGACGCAUCCGAUACUUAUCGAUACUAUGCAGUCUAUUACAAGAAGAGAGACGAGGAAGGCGAAUAUAAGAUCGAGAAAAUGGUUGAACACUCUGUGGAGCUAAAUGUGGAGCCCGACACUUCCUAUGACAUCGGUAUAAUCUCAGCUAAUGCGUUUGGUCAUAGUCCGCUGGUGUUUUUAGACGUACCGUCUACGAGUAACGGAAUCAUAUACUUAGGACGAAGGCGUGAUCUCCCAGCACCAUUCGGAAAGCUCGUCAGACGACAACAAUCGACUCGAACUCAUGCAACUGUGGCAUUCGAAAAUCCAGCUUACGUAGCUGGUCACGAAGUGGAGAUUCGUGGUCUUGGCAAUGGCCGGAUGGCUAAUGGUGUCGACGCCGAAUGGCAAAGUCAAGACCUUCAGGCGUCAACCGGAGUUGAGGAAUAUCGCAAUGGAAUGCGGUACGCUAAACUGGAAUCGACAUAA